UGCGUCAGAAGCAACACGUUUCAACACAGGGCAGCUUUCAUCCGCAGACGCUGUUUACAUUCAUGAUUUAACCGCAUUUCAAGGCACUUUCCUUCGCAUUUACUCAUCACGUAUUUUCGCAGACUUUUGUCCCGGGUUGUCUGCUCUUCCAACAUGGGGAAAAGAAGCAGACAGCGGCAGAAAAACAACCAGUCUGCUGGGAGAGACCGCAGAGACAACGCUGGAUGGGGAGCUGGAUAUGCUGAUAUUGUUAAAGAGAAUAAGCUUUUUGAGCACUACUACAAGGAGCAGGGCCUGGUGCCUGAGGGAGAGUUUGAUGAGUUUAUGGAAGCAAUGAGGGAGCCCCUGCCUGCAACAAUCCGCAUCACUGGGUACAAGAGUCAUGCUAAGGAAAUCCUCCACUGUCUGAAGGACAAAUACUUCAAGGAUAUUCAGGAGCUAGAUAUUGAUGGGCAGAAGAUUGAAGCUCCCCAGCCACUAAGCUGGUAUCCUGAUGAACAGGCCUGGCAUACCAACAUGAGCAGGAAGAUCAUUAGGAAGUCUCCACUGCUGGAGAAGUUCCACCAGUUUCUGGUUAGCGAGACAGAGUCGGGGAACAUUAGCCGUCAGGAAGCCGUCAGUAUGAUCCCCCCUCUCCUUCUGAAGAUCGAACCUCAUCACAAGAUCCUGGACAUGUGUGCAGCACCGGGGUCAAAGACAGCCCAGCUCAUUGAGAUGCUCCACGCUGACAUGGAAGUGCCAUUUCCAGAGGGCUUUGUAAUUGCCAAUGAUGUGGACAACAAGCGCUGCUACCUACUUGUACACCAGGCAAAGCGUCUGAACAGCCCCUGCAUCAUGGUGGUCAACCACGACGCUUCCUGCAUUCCAACACUACAGAUUAACUCGGAUGGCAAGAAGGACAUUCUCUUCUACGACCGCAUCCUGUGUGAUGUUCCCUGCAGUGGAGAUGGCACCAUGAGGAAGAACAUAGAUGUGUGGAAGAAAUGGACGACAAGCAACAGCCUUCACCUCCACGGCCUCCAGCUGCGUAUUGCAGUGCGUGGUGUCGAACAGCUGGCUGUGGGAGGGAGGAUGGUCUACUCCACCUGUUCACUCAACCCUAUAGAGGACGAAGCUGUCAUCGCAGCACUGCUGGAAAAGAGCGAAGGAGCUCUCGAGCUGGCUGACAGCUCAGCUGAUCUGCCAGGGCUGAAGUGGAUGCCUGGGGUCACUUCCUGGAAGCUGAUGACCAAAGAGGGACAGUGGUACUCAGACUGGUCUGAGGUUCCUACUAGUCGCCACACACAGAUCCGUCCUACCAUGUUCCCACCAAAAGAUGAGCAGAAACUGGCCAGUAUGCAUCUGGAGAGAUGUAUGAGGAUUCUGCCACAUCACCAGAAUACUGGAGGUUUCUUUGUGGCUGUAUUGGUGAAGAAAGCCCCAAUGCCUUGGAACAAAAGAUAUCCCAAGCUGAGGAAGGACGUGUCGUCCAGUGCGGCGGCCCAGACUGGAGGGCCUCCAGCGGCCGCAGACGUUGCCUGCCUCCCUGAGGGCUCUGUGGAGGAGGAGGGGGAGAGGGGAGGCACAGAGGCCAAAGGAGAUGAGGACGUAGAAGAACAGGCACCCAAAGGAGCCUCUGCUGCCCAGGAGGCUGGUGCUAAACAAGAUGGAGUUUGUGGACCUCCAUCCAAGAAGAUGAGGCUGUUUGGUUAUAAAGAAGAUCCUUUUGUGUUUCUAACUGAAGAUGACCCCGUCUUCACCACUAUACAAUCCUUCUAUAAUCUGUCUCCGGAUUUCCCCAAACUCAAUGUCCUGACGAGAACGCAUGAAGGAAAGAAGAGACAUCUGUACAUGGUGUCCAAAGAGCUCCGCAAUGUGCUGCUCAAUAACAGUGAGCGUAUGAAGGUCAUUAACACGGGGGUGAAGGUGUGGUCUCGCAACAGCGAUGGAGAAGAGUUUGGGUGUGCAUUCAGGCUGGCUCAGGAGGGUAUCUACACUCUUCAGCCGUACAUUCGCUCCAGGAUGAUCACAGUGAGCGUGGAGGACAUCAAAGUGCUGCUGACACAGGAGAACCCCUUCCUCAGUAAACUGGAGGAUGACGCUCAUGCCCAGGCCAAGAACAUGGGAAUGGGUAGCAUCGUACUGAAGUACAUUCCAAACCCCAAUAACCCAGCGGAGCCUCAGUGUCCCAUCCAGCUGUGUGGCUGGAGGGGAAAGACGUCUAUCCGCGCCUUCGUGCCUCGCAACGAGAGGUUCCAUUACCUCCGAAUGUUAGGAGUCGAGGUGUUCAGAGACAAACAGGGCCUGGGGCUGAAACCCAGAGAUGGAGCAAAGGAUGCUGAGGAGGAAGGAGCGGCAGAUAAUGAGGUAGAGGUGGACUUUGAGAAUGGUGAUGAAAACACAUCGUCAGAGCCAAAGACCGACAACAGCAAACACGAGAUGAGCUGAGGAUGUGGAGACGGCAGGAGGAGGUUGACUGAGGGUCUGUCAGCUCUAAGAGCUGUUGACCAGGUCCAAGAUCACAGUAUGUGGCAGAGGAGGAUGGUUUGCAUCUUCACUUCAGUUUAACACACUGCCACUGUAGAAGGACUCCCUCUUACAGAAGGACUCUGAGGGAUUUUAAGGAUGUUUUUCAUGUUUUGGAUCCAGUCUGGGAGUCUGCAUUUUAGUUGAAAGGCUUAUAUUAUUUUAUAGAACUGUUUUGGUUUUUUUUUUUUUUUAUGUUUUAACAAAUUUAUUCCACUGUUCAAGUGGCUUGAAUCUUGUUUCAAUUGAGCAUGUUUAGAAAGGUUUUAUUAACUGCCAUCUCAUUUUCUACACCUGUACUGAAGCAGAAAUAUACAGUUGAUUAAAUUAAAAGUGAGAAUGGUUAACUGUG